AUGAACAAGUUAAGAGACAAAUUUGUAGACUCUACAGUAGAAGAAGAAAGAUUGCGCGAAAACCGCAGCCAUAAGAAAUAUUGGUACCGGUGGGGUCCUUACCUGAGUGAGAGAAGUUGGGCCACUGUCCGUGAAGACUAUUCCUUAAACGGAGAUGCCUGGUCCAAUUUUCCCUUCGAACAUGCCAAUGCAAGAGUGUUCCGGUGGGGUGAAGAUGGGUUAUUCGGUGUCUCUGAUAACAAGCAAUUGGUGUGUAUGAACGUCGCGCUAUGGAACGGUAAGGAUGAGAGGUUGAAGGAAAGGUUAUUCGGGUUGACUGGGCCGCAGGGAAACCAUGGCGAGGAUGUUAAGGAAUUGUACUUUUAUUUGGAUAAUACCCCCACUCAUUCAUACAUGAAGGCUUUGUACAAGUAUCCCUUCAAAAAGGCUUUUCCGUAUGAAGAGUUAGUGCAGAAGAAUGCGGAGAGAGGGUACGAAGACAAGGAAUUCGAAGUUUAUGAUAUAGAUGGGUUGUACCGUGAUAACGACACAGAUGAUAACCCUUAUUUUGAUACCUUUUUCGAAAUGGCCAAAAGCGACGAAAACCCCAGUGAACUGAACUUCCGGUUGACUAUACAUAAUCGAAGUAAAAUCGACUCCGGUGAGCUGUACGUAGCUCCCCAAAUCUUCUUUAGAAAUACCUGGGCUUUCGAUGGUACUAGAACAAAAGACAAACCUCUCCUUGAGAGGGACUCGGAAGCCACAAACUUAAUCAGUAUGACUCACAAGAAAUACGGUAAUUGUCAAAUGGUCUUCCAGCCAUCUCCAGGUGGGUUCUCUUCUAAUGGAAUGAAAGGAAAAGAAGAAGAUGAUGAAGAGGUGGAAGAUAUUGAUCCUUUAUUGCUAUUUACUGAUAAUGAGUCGAAUCUUAUAAAGCUGUUUAAUGAAGAGAAAAACCCCUCUGAGUACACAAAGGACGCUUUUGAAGAAUAUCUUGUUCACGGUAAAAGUGAUGCCGUAAAUCCUGAAAAUAAAGGCACAAAGGCGUGCGCGGUUUAUCACUUCAAAAAUAUUCCGCCAGGCGAGUAUGUUACGGUGAGAUAUAAAUUUACAAACGACCCCGAAAACUCUAUCUUCAAGGCACAAAACCUGGCCGUCGUGGAUGAAGAUGAGUUUGAUUUGGUUUUCGAUGAUCGAGAAGGGGAAGCUGAUAACUUUUAUUGGAGAAUCACACCUUUAUCAAUCAGUGAUGAACUAAGGAACCUUCAAAGACAGGCUUUCUCUGGUUUACUAUGGACCAAACAGUUUUACAAUUUCACCUAUGAUGCUUGGUACAAUGGUGAUGCGAACAUCAAACCACGACCUCCGCCUAAUAGGGCUAACGGUAGAAAUAAAAACUGGAAACAUCUUUACAUCGAAGAUAUCCUGUCGAUGCCUGACAAAUGGGAAUACCCAUUUUUCGCUUCAUGGGAUACUGCCUUCCAUUGCAUUCCUUUGGCCAUGAUUGACCCAGAAUUUGCCAAGAGGCAAUUGGACUUAUUAACAAGAGAGUGGUACAUGCAUCCUAACGGUCAAAUUCCCGCAUACGAAUGGAACUUCAAUGAUGUCAACCCACCUGUCCAUGCAUGGGCCGUAUAUCGUGUUUUCAAGAUUGAAAGGAACAUGUAUAACCGUGAAGACCGUACAUUUUUGGAACGGGUUUUCCAAAAGCUUUUGCUGAAUUUUACGUGGUGGGUAAACAGAAAAGAUACCGAAGGUAAAAAUGUCUUUGAAGGUGGGUUCUUGGGUCUUGAUAAUAUUGGUGUAUUCAAUAGGUCAGAACCAUUACCCACUGGUGGUACUCUAGAACAAGCUGAUUCCACAGGCUGGAUGGCCUUCUUCAGUUUACAAAUGCUAAACAUUGCAUUGGAAUUGGCCAAAGAAAAUUCAGUUUAUGAGGACAUUGCCUCUAAAUUCUUCGAACAUUUCAUCUUGAUCAGUGAUUCUAUGUCAUUUGAAUAUGCUACAGACAUUACAGGAGAAAAAUGUAAAAAUGUUAUAAAGCAAAAUCUAUGGAAUGAGACAGAUAAGUUCUAUUAUGAUGCCAUUUCCUGGGGCGACCACAAAGAACAGCUACCAAUUAGGUCUCUUGUGGGUUUAAUUCCACUAUAUGCUUCUAUGACUUUAGAACCAAGUAUCAUAAAACAAUUUCCAGGUUUCAAAAAGAGAGUUGAUUGGUUUGUGAACAAUCGUCCAGAGAUCUUUGGUAGAAACAUUGCUUCAAUGUCAAAAAAGGGUGUUGGUGAAAGAUUACUAUUGUCCCUGGUUACCAAAGAAAGAUUGACUGCCAUAUUGAGACGGCUGUUGGAUGAAACCGAGUUUUUGUCACCAUAUGGCAUAAGAUCUCUUUCCAAAUAUCACGAAAAGCAUCCAUUUGAGAUGAAUGUAAAUGGUGUUGAAUAUAUGGUCAAAUACUUGCCAGGUGAAUCUGAUUCAGGUAUGUUCGGCGGUAAUUCUAACUGGAGGGGACCGAUUUGGUUCCCCACUAGUUUUUUGAUUAUGGAAGCAUUGCAAAGAUUUUAUUUGUACUACGGUUCAGACUUUAAGGUCGAAUGUCCCGUAGGCUCAGGUGAUUAUUUGAAUCUAGCAGAAGUUGCUGAAGAGCUUGGGUAUCGCAUGAUUCACCUGUUCGUUCCAGACGAAAAUGGGGAGCGUGCCGUCCAUUAUGGUGAUCAUUCCAAAUUUUUAUCUACAGAUCCGUAUUUUAAGGACUACGUACAAUUUUUCGAAUACUUCGAUGGUGACACCGGGAGAGGUCUCGGUGCUUCGCACCAGUGUGGUUGGACAGCUCUUGUUGCCAAAUGGGUUAGCGAUGUAGGUAUAUCCUGUGUAAGGCUGCCUCGUACGCCAAGAUCAUCUGUGGCAACGACAGCUUCAACAGAAAGCUCUGAGGAGGGAUAUAAGAUGAAGAGAAUGGCAAGACGUAAGAGUGCGAAAUCUUUAGUCAACUACACCGCCACUAUUUUGGACCUUACGGAAGAAGAGAAACGUCAUCACAGAAUAGGCGGCACCCAUUCUGGUUUGACACCACAAAGCAGUAUUUCAAGUGACAAGGCAAGACAUCUAAUGGAGGAAAUGAAUGAAGAGGAAGGUAUCCAUGAAAUUGUGGUUCCAGAAGAUCGUCAUGACUUUGAAACAAAACUAAUAGGCAAGCUGAAAAAUAAAGUGAAAAACAUGAAGGUAACUGACAAAGCUAAAGAUGAGGAUAUAGAUCCAAUGGACCCAAUGAGUCCUUUGAAUAAGGAUCUAUCGUAA